AUGGCCGCAGCACUUGAACCAUGCUAUGCAAAAGCUCAUACUCGCCUUGGCUUUGCUUCCUAUUGCGCCGCAGAUUAUGGUAGAGCGGUAGAAGCUUUGAACCGGGCACUGAGCCUCGACUCGUCGUCAAUUAUGUCGCGCAAAUAUCUUGCCCGCGCCCAAGAUCGACUGAUUCGGAGUCUGCUUUUUCGAGAGUUGCUUCCCCAAAACCUAUCUCGGCAGCAUGAGUCGCCAAAAAAGGAUUCUUUCUCAAAGGGAGAUCAACUGCGUACCCUCGUUGAGCACACACUCCCGCCCACGGAGAGAAUUGCUCUCCAUCAAGAUUGCAACUCGCCAACUCAGGGAAAUAUCACUAGCCGCCUCAUGCAUGAGAUAGCCGCCUCACGAGAAUUCCCAAAUAGAAGCAUUGGUGAGAUUUGGAGUACAUGUUCUGUGUUGGAGCAGACAGGGCGGGUCAACCCAAAACUGCAGCUCUCCAUCAGCGAAGAGACAGCUUUCAAAAUAAGUAAACUUAAGGAACUUCAUGAGCGUGGUGUGCUCUCAAAGAAAGAUUAUGAAAAAAAAAUUGAGAGACGACGAGAAGCUCAGUGGGAUAUGCUGCACGAGUAUUUGUCCUAUCUUUCGGGUAACCCCAGAAGUCUCUUUUUCGUCGACUUAUCAGACCACGCAGCCAAUAGAGGCCUCGAUGCUCCGGUGCAGGGUUCUGCACUCCCAUCCAAUACAGCACUUAGUUCACUGAAUAGGAAUGCCAUGAAGGCAUGA